GAAGACGCACUGCAAUUAGAGAAGAAGAAGAAGAAGAAGAGGAAGAAGAGGGAUCUCUAUCCCAUUGUAUCUCAUAUAGCAAAAACAAAAAGUCUAAGAAUUUCGAAGAAAAAAUUAUUGUGUUUCUUGAUUUGAUUGAAAAUGGCGGCGAUGCAACUAACAAGAACUGCUCUCUUUGGCCUCUCAAAGGCUUUCCCUGGAAUCAAAACUCCGGCAACUCUAGCUGCUUCUACUAGGAAAAUCUCUCGCGUCUGCUUCGCCUCCUCCGUUAGCCAUUCCGAGGGGAGAGAUCCGCUAGAUGGCGCUAGAGAUUCGAGGGCUGAUUCAGCUUACGGUUCAAAGAAAUGGAGGGAGGAUACUGGAGAAAACUAUGCCCAAGCGGCUAAAGACAAGGCUAACGAAGGAGCGAGCAAAGCUGCAGAUAAAGCCUACGAGACAAAAGAGCAAGCAAAGGAUAAAGCCUACGAAACAAAAGAGCAAGCAAAGGACACAGCUUACAACGCAAAAGAGACGGCUAAGGAUUAUGCGGAACGGACUAAAGACAAGGUGAACGAAGGUGCGUCUAAGGCAGCGGAUAAAGCUGAAGAUACAAAAGAAAGAGCUAAGGAUUAUGCUGAGGAUACAAUGGACGACGCAAAAGCGAAAGCUCGAGAUGCGAAAGAGAAGGUCAAAGAGUAUGGAGAAGAUACUAAGGAGAAGGCAGAAGGGAUUAAGGAGACUGUGAAGGGUAAAGCUGAGGAGCUUGGAGAGAAAACGAAGGAGACUGUGAAAGGAGCUUGGGAGAGUACCAAAAAUGCUGCUCAAACCGUGACUGAAGCUGUGGUUGGGCCGGAAGAUGAUGCGGAGAAGGCACGGGCUGAUAUCGAUAAAAGCGUGGAAGAUCAUACCAAGUCGAAAUGGAAGAAACAAGAGGAGAAAGAUCGGAAAGAGGAUGAUUUCAUAACAUUUAACUAAUGAGGAAGACAUAUCUUUGUGUUGCUCUGUUUUCGGUUUAUUCUCUGUUUUCAAACUAAACUUGGUCUCAUGUAUGUGACAAUGUGAGAUACAUUAGUAUAUAACUAAAUAAGACAAGGGAAUCUAUACUUUGUGUUCUGUUUUCAGUU